CAAGCACGAGCAAGAUUUUAUGGGGGAAAGUUGGGGAUCAGUGGUGAAAUAGAUUCGAAGAACGAAGUCAGCAGGAAGAAGCUGUGCCUUGAUCAGUAGUGUGAAAAUGGAUGUGGGAGGGAAGAGAAAGGAAAAUGUGUCAGUACAGUUUGGGAGAUACUAAAAUAGCUAAAGGAGCUGAAGUGCAGAGCCUGGGACUAGCUGAGUACAGGGCUGAGAGCGAGAAGCAGUGUGGCUGUGUGGGAGGCUUGGAAGAAGGAAAGACAGAUCUGAUGAGCUGGGUUCGGAAGUGUGGGGGGCUGUGAGGCUGACUGAGGAGACUAAGGGAGGAGUCUGGCAGUGGGAGCCAGCAAAGAGCUGGCUUGUGCAUGGGGAAGACUGAACAGCAGAAUCCGCAUGAGCUUGGAUGGGCAUUUGGGAAGGUGGAAAACAGGAUUUGCUGGGCAAGCUGCCUGGAAAUAAUACAAGGAUGGCUUUUGGAGGUUGCUUUUAGGUGAUUUUCAUCACUGAAGACCUUGCAUUACACAGAACUCCGUACUGGGGUGCCCCAUCAGGAAACAUCUUCAGAAGAAGCCUUUGGACUUCACCUUCAGAAAGGCAGAUUUCCACUUUAGAGUUCAUGUCAUCCUCCUUCCUGUGAAAAUAAUAUGAACCAGAAGGUGUUAAUUUUCCUUCUCCCAAAUUUUAUUUUUGGGAUAUUUCUUUUUGGCUUUUUUUGUAAGAGACAAAAACCCCUAACAGGUGUUUUUCCUGAUCCCACUGAAGACUGGCUGGCAAUUCAGAAUGAUCGCAAAAGCACACUGGCUUCUCUCUGCCUAAAGAACGGUCUUCUCAAAUUAAGAAGUAAAUUGGAUUCUCAUGUCGCAAGCCAGCUCUUUGUGGAGCACAAACAUAAAUUUAUCUACUGUGAGGUGCCCAAGGUAGGCUGCUCCAACUGGAAGAGAACUAUUUUUCUUCUCCAAGCAAACUUAAAUGCCGAAGCUUCUGAAAUUGAGCAUGACCACAUCCACCAAACCUCGCUGAUCAAGAAGCUGGUGGCGUACCCUCCUGUCAUACAAAAAGAAUUUUUGGGCAACUACACAAAAGUGAUGUUCACCAGACAUCCCUUGGAACGCCUGGUUUCAGCUUACAGAGACAAACUUCUGCACUCUGAGCCAUUCUACAGUGUCACUGUGGCUAACGAGAUUAGGGCAAUGUUCAGGAAAGACAAAAAUUCAUCUGAAAAAGUGAGUUUUCAGGAGUUUGUCAAUUUCAUUGUAGCAAAACCACCAAAUAGUCUUGACAUACACUGGAAACCGAUGUUUCUCCUCUGUGAUCCUUGCAACAUUCACUAUGAUAUUCUGGGUAAGUAUGAAACUCUUAGGUUAGAUUCUGAGCAUGUUCUGAAGGUCAUUGGAGCACCAAAGAGCCUGCACUUCCCCAACUUGAAGAGGUAUGGCUCAGAGAAACGAACUAAUGGUGAUAUCACCUUGGAGUACCUCAGACAGUUGAACUCAGAACAAAUUGAGAAGAUCAAAAAAUUGUAUCAAAUGGAUUUUUUCUUGUUCAACUAUACUAUGGACUAUGAGGAUUAUUUUUCCCUGAAUGACUAAUGUAGGUUAAACAAAGAACAGUUUCCUCUGUACAAAAUGGGCUGAACCUGUCCUCACAGGUGCUUGAUACGUGGAUUGUCGACUGACUGCUGCUGAGAUUCUACUGGUGUUUGGGGAUGUGGUUAAUCAUCCUAAGCACUCUUAUAACAAAUCCCUGACAUGAUCUGUUGUACUGUACAGUACUUUACCUAUAUGAAAUGAUUGUCUUCCUGUUGAUCAUUAAUGGCAUAUGUUUGUUUCAUGAAGACUGUUUAUAAAUAAUAGAUUUUUGCCUGUUGGCAAGAGGGGAAGGAUGGAGAGUGUUGUUUUCCACAGCAAAUAUUUUUAGGACAUAUUUUUUUUUACAUUAAGGACUUCAAUUUUUUAUUAGAAAAAGACAUAAGAAGCAAUAAAUUAUCUUCUUUAGAGUCAAACCACUCGUUGUCUGCUAGAGCCUCAAUCAUGAAUCCUGUAGAAAAGAAGCAAAUAACUUCAGAUGCUUGAAGCUGCAUUGCAUGGAAUUUAAUGUCUGAUUAUAUUCCCUCUUAGCAGUGCUGUCACCACAGCCCACCAGCCUCAUCUCUCAAGCAGCUUGGUUGGCAAAAAUCCAGCCAGGGUUUCCCUUUUAUAUCUUCAAAAUCUUCUGAUGAGCAGCAGGUCUGGUGUUCCUGGUGAUUUGCACUCUUUUCACCAUCUUUGUGAGCAUUAUGGUCUGAUUUAAGAGGGAAAGCCUGAAAAAUUUAUCUUUUCUUUUGAGAAGUAGGUAGAUGUACCCCUAAACUGUACCACUGAGGUGGUGCAGGAUUUAAACCCUCAGUGGAAAGGUGACUCUUACCUAUUCUCCAAAAGCACUUACCACCCAGUCAACUGGCUGGGCAGUCAGCACAGGCGGGACAAUGUUUGGGCUUUCCCCAUUUGUGCCUGCUGGAGCCCAUGAGCCCUUGGGACUGGUCUGAGCAUGGCAGUUAGGUGGAGCUUGGUAACUUCAGGUAAUACAUUUGUUCUGCCUGCUGCUUUCUCACCUCACAGGAGAUCGAGUGCAAAGAAAUUGAUUGUAGUAUUAUGGUGAGGGGAGCAAUGAAACGUUGAGAAGCAA